UUAUUAGUGAAUUUUAUGUUUAAACUGGGGCUAAUUCGGAGCCCCUAUUUUGUUAAUUAAUUUUUUUACCAAAUUUUCUAGUGACUUUUUUCUGUUUCGUUGGUACGGUGUUAGUUGAUUGUUUUCUCCGCUUGAAAUUCAACUUAAAAGUGCAAAAAAAGCCGGUAAAACUCUAAUUCCAAUGGCUAGCGCCGCAGCUGCAAAAAUCGCCGAAGUCCGCGAGACAACGCGCGUGGAGCGCAUUGGGGCUCACUCCCACAUUCGGGGUCUCGGUCUCGAUGAGAGUCUCGAAGCCCGACAUGUCUCGCAAGGAAUGGUGGGUCAAGUGUCGGCCCGCAGGGCCAUAGGGAUUGUCUUGAAGAUGGUGCGCGAGGGGCGAAUCGCCGGCCGUGCGGUCUUAUUGGCGGGGCAACCCGGGACGGGGAAAACGGCCAUUGCCACGGCGCUAGCGGCCGCUUUGGGGCAAGACACCCCCUUCACGAGCAUGGCAGGCUCGGAGAUCUACUCGCUGGAGAUGGGCAAGACGGAGGCGCUGACCCAGGCGAUCAGGAAGAGUAUUGGGGUGCGGAUUAAGGAAGAGAGCGAAAUAAUCGAAGGUGAGGUGGUGGAGGUGCAAAUCGAGCGUCCUGCGACCGGCGUUGGCACAAAAGUGGGCAAAUUAAUUCUAAAAACGACCGAAAUGGAAACCGUAUACGACCUUGGUGGCAAAAUGAUCGAUUCGUUAUUGAAAGAGAAGGUUCAAUCAGGCGACGUGAUAACAAUAGAUAAGGCCACUGGUAAAAUAUCGCGUCUGGGACGUUCUUUUGCACGUGCAAGAGACUACGACGCCACUGGCCAACAAACUCGUUUUGUUCAAUGUCCCGAAGGUGAAUUACAAAAGCGGAAGGAAGUGGUCCAUACAGUGACAUUGCACGAAAUCGAUGUCAUUAAUAGUCGAACACAUGGAUUUCUAGCACUAUUUUCUGGCGACACCGGCGAGAUUAAACCGGAAGUUCGCGAACAGAUCAAUGGUAAAGUGGCGGAAUGGCGCGAAGAAGGUAAAGCGGAAAUGAUCCCUGGUGUACUUUUUAUCGAUGAGGUCCAUAUGCUCGAUAUUGAGUGUUUUUCGUUUUUGAAUCGCGCGCUCGAAAACGAAAUGGCGCCGAUUGUUAUUAUGGCAACGAAUCGGGGAAUUACACGAAUUCGCGGUACGAAUUACAAAUCACCGCAUGGGAUUCCCCUCGAUUUACUCGAUCGGAUGAUAAUCGUGCCCACAGCGCCCUACGAUGAGAAGGAAUUGAGGGAGAUUUUGAGUAUUCGGUGUGAGGAGGAGGACUGUCAAAUGUCAGAUAAUGCGUUGACUGUUUUGACACGAAUUGCGAAAGAGACGUCAUUGAGAUACGGAAUGCAGUUGAUCAUGACAUCGAGUUUAAUUGCACGGAAACGAAAAGCACCGGAAGUGGACGUGGAGGAUAUCAAGAGGGCGUAUCAGUUGUUUUUUGAUGAGGGGAGAUCUGUGCAGUUCUUAAAGGAGUAUCAACAGGAGUUUAUGUUUAAUGAAGAUGACGCCGCUGAGAUGGACACGAGUUAAUCGCACUACCUUUGACGCUUGACCCGGGAAUUUUAUUGACACUCGGAUUUUCCUUCUUUUUUUUGUGUAAAUUAGACAUAAUUGCAUUGCGUUCUAGUUCGGAUGAAUGGUGAAAUAUCCUCUCAGGUGUGUUGAGAAAUUUCCAUGAUGUUAGUCGAUUUUUUAUAAUGUUACGUUUCAUGCGAAAUAAUUGGGGAAAACGACAAUUUUAUGUCAAAUUUGCUUGUUCGAAAUUUGGACGUUUCCUUAAUCUUCUCGAAUCAAAGUGUCACACUUGAAAUAUUUACAUAAUUUGUUUUGUAAGUUUGCGUAUUUUUUUAAAUAAAGCAUUUUACGAC